GUCCCCACCCUGUGCUUAGCACUGAGUCAGGAAUAAUGAAUGGCUCUGAGCUCGCCAGCACAACGGCCUCCAGUCCCACAGCCAAAGAGGAGCAGGUAGUGAAUGGCCACGAUGAGAAGGAGUCCAACCCCUUUGCUGAGUACAUGUGGAUGGAGAAUGAAGAAGACUUCAACAGACAGGUGGAGGAGGAGCUGCAGGAGCAGGAGUUUCUGGAUCGCUGCUUCCAGGAGAUGCUGGAAGAAGAAGAGCAGGACUGGUUCAUUCCAGCGAGGGACCUGCCCCAGGGCAUGGGGCAGCUACAGCAGCAGCUCAAUGGGCUCUCAGUCAGUGAUGGCCACACUUCAGAGGACAUCCUGAGCAAAAGCAACUUGAAUCCAGAUGCCAAGGAGUUUGUGCCCGGUGUGAAGUACUGAAGCCCAGGCAGGCUUUGGCAGGACUGUGUCCCUGCGUCAGGGAAGGUGGCAGGGGGCAGGAGAGGAGGGGGCAGCCCCCAGCUGGACUCUCUGCCCCCCAUGGAGCUGCUGCAAUGUGGCGAAGUCUUGCUCUACGCUUCAAGUACCUCUGUGGGUUCUCCCCUUCUUCUGUUUUUGCUCCCCCCUUUUCUAAGGGUUUUUUUAUCUCUUCCUUUGUAUCAUUUAGCAUCUGGUUUGGGUUUUUUUUUUGGGGGGGAGGGGGCAUUUUUUGCUUUCUAGGACUGGCAGCCCUUUAGGUCUGGCCUGGAGUCCAGCACACAAACCCCCCCACACCCCCUUCCCCUUGCUUCAGAGGCCUCUUUUGGUGCGUGCUUCAAAGCUGCUAGUGGAAAAUCCAUGUUUCCUUGUUUAAAUCUAGAUCCUGCUGCACACACUUGCUCUCUCCCUCAGGCAGCAAAGCAGGGCCAGGAGCUGUGCUUGGCUUUCCCAGUUUCUCUUAAACAGGAUCACUUUGGCUGGUUGUUUUUUGCUUAAGGAAAGGUGAAGUGUAGCAAGAUGGCAAACCUUCAAUUCCUCCAUGCUCUCCAGGAUGUGUUUAACUCCUUCACUUAACUCCUGCCUGCUUGAAUCGGUUGUGGGAGCCCUGAGGGGGGAGACCAGACCCUUCAGGCAUCACCCCAAGGGCUGGGCUGCUCUGACAAGACAUUGCUGCCUUCUUAAGGAAUUCCCCCUCCCCAGUUCUGGAGCUUACCCAGCACUAGAGGCUGCAGCUCUGAGUUAUUUCUUGUUGACAUAAAUCCAAGAAAACUGAAUAAACCAUUCCUCAGGUGUGUGGCAGAGGUGUCAAGGAGACUCUCUAGGAGCAGGAUCCUCUGUCAGGAUGAGUCUGAGCCCCAGGGAGCACCCACAGAGGUGAUGGGCAGUGACUUCCUGCUGAUCCCCACCCCCUUUGCUUAGGCUCUCUGUUGGGAUGAAUCUUGAGCCCCAAGGAGCACCCACAGAGAAGGUGAUGGGCAGUGAUUUCCUGCUGCUCUCCAUUCCCUGUGUUUAGGCUCUCUGCUAGGAUGAGUCUGAGCCCUAGGGAGCAUGCACAGAAGUGAUGGGCAGCAUGUUCCUACUGGUCCUCACCAUCCCCUUCGAGGCUCUGGUGAGCUCUUGAUGAGAAUCCUUGCUUCUAUGGGGUAAACUUGCCCUUGGGGCCCUCUUUCUCCAUGGGCAAGAGGUGAGCAGGCUUCAGGUCCCUAAAACAGGUCCCUGGGUGGUUUAAAUCUUGUGCUCAGUGGGGGAGAGCCAAGGUGAGGCAUGGAUCCUGGGGCAGCUGGAGCCUCCCGGUGGGGCUCAGCCAUUAAGCAGUGCCUGGCUCCAGCAGUGCAGAAGGCAGCUUCUGCUCAGCCCUCUGCAUCUCACCUCCCACUUUCUUCCCUUAAACGGAGUGGUUAAUGGAGGAGGAGCAGGGGCUCCCCUCGGGGCUGGCAGAGAUGGAAGCUAAUGGCCAGGCCGGGGCCUGGGGCUUGCUGAGGCUCCAUUAGCUUGGCACAGAGCACAGCAGGAGAGACAGGGGCUGGGGGCUGUGCACACGAAGGAGGAGCAGGGGUUGGAGCUGAUUAAACUCAACCACUCUCUGGGCUGUGCCCUCCCUAACCCCACAGCUCUCCUCACUGCCUGCCAGCACCCAAGCCGGGCACUACUGCAGCUGGAGUUGAAAGCCAGUGCUUGGCUCAAAUGUCACUGCCCAGGGGGGAAUUAGGGUUAAAUUCUCCUCUGUUCUGGCACAAUCCAUCACCUUCCACUGCAGGAGGCUCCCUCUGUGCCCAGGGCUUUGCAGGAUGUGAUCCAGUGCACAGGGCUGGGCAAGCACCUUUGGUGGUGGUGCUAGCUGUUUUCCCACCACCUUUUCUCUGGUUUCUGUUUGAUUUCUUACCCCACCCCUCCCACAAAAAAAAAAAGUCCCCACCCUGACCCCCCAACAUGCUGUAAAUUUCAAACAGGAGUAAAAAUAAACUUUUGGGGGGAACAGCAA